CCACCUCCACAGAGCAGUGUAAUAUAGCAGAGCAGAGGUGGGGGCAGGACUGCAGAAAUUUUGAGUUAGUGGGCGAGCACACCCACCUGACGUCAUCACACGCUGGACUAUUUACAGUGGACUGGAGAGCUGUAUUAUUGGACUGGAGAGCUGUAUUAUUACUGGGGGAUGCUAGAGAGAAGUAUUUUUUUCAGAGCUGGUGCUGAAAGUGGAUUGGAGUGUGGGUCAGCAGUAGGUCAGCAGUGGGUCAGCAGUGUCUCAUCAGUCUGAAGAAGAAGAAACAGCAGCAAAGGCUCUGAGAUCUAUCAGGAUGGAAGAUUCAAUAUUUGGUGGGAACAAAGCAGGACAACUCAAAGAUGCUCCCACGGAGAGUGCUGAUUGUAACAAUAUGGUAACUGAGGAUGGGAUCCAAAUAGAGCAAAAUAAGGAAAUUCCUCUAGUGGCCUUGAAAGUUCCAGAUGGAAUUGCCCUCAGAGAUGAUUGCACACUGAUGAGUAGCGAUGAACAGCUGCCGAAAGGAACCCAAACUCAGUCAAACACCUGCAUGAAGAUUAGAAGAGUAUUUGCCUGUCCUCCACAAGGAUGUUUCUCUUUGGCAGUUACAAAUGCUAUCAUGGUGAUACUAAUUUGGGCAGUUGUCUGGUCUAUAACUGGCCCUGAAUGUCUUCCUGGAGGAAACCUUUUUGGAAUUCUAGCUCUACUAUUCAGUGCUGUCCUUGGGGGCAAACUCAUUAGUCUCAUCAAGAUACCAAGCUUUCCUCCUCUGCCUCCUCUCCUCGGGAUGCUGCUAGCUGGUUUUCUUAUAAGAAAUAUCCCUGUCAUCACUGACCAAGUCCAAGUUCAUCAUAAGUGGUCUGCAGCUUUGAGAAAUAUGGCAUUAGCCAUUAUAUUGGUACGAGCUGGCCUUGGGUUGGACUCAAAGGCACUAAGAAAACUGAAGGCAGUCUGUUUGCGCCUUUCCUUUGGUCCCUGUACUGUAGAAUCUUGCACAGCAGCUGCUGUCUCUCAUUUUAUAAUGGGACUCCCCCUGACUUGGGGAUUUAUGCUGGGUUUUGUCUUGGGGGCUGUAUCUCCUGCAGUAGUUGUCCCAUCCAUGCUAAUUUUACAAAAACAAGGAUUUGGGGUGGAUAAAGGUAUCCCAACCCUGCUCAUGGCUGCCGGAAGCUUUGAUGAUGUCCUGGCAAUCACUGGCUUCAAUACUUGUUUGGGCAUGGCCUUCUCAUCAGGUUCCACCAUUAACACCAUUGUGAGGGGUGUGUUGGAAGUGGUGGCUGGCAUAGCAGCUGGGCUUCUUUUGGGAUUUUUUCUUCAUUAUUUUCCAAGCAAAGACCAGGAAAAUCUAAAAGGCAAGAGAUCUUAUCUUAUUUUGGCACUGUCAGUAUUUGCAGUGUUUGGCAGCUUAUAUUUCGGCUUCCCAGGGUCAGGAGGACUGUGCACACUUGUUAUGGCUUUUCUAGCUGGAAUUGGAUGGUCGACUGAUAAGACUGUGGUUGAAGACAUUAUAGCUGUCUUUUGGGAUAUCUUCCAACCAUUGCUUUUUGGUUUGAUUGGAGCAGAAAUAUCUGUUGCAUCAUUGAAACCACAGACUGUUGGGCUGUGUAUCGCCACUCUGCUCAUUGCCUUGAUAAUUCGGAUCUGCAUCUCAUUCUUGAUGGUUUGCUUUAGUGGUUUUAACCUCAAGGAGAAGAUCUUUAUUUCAUUGGCAUGGAUGCCCAAAGCCACAGUGCAGGCUGCUAUAGGAUCUGUUGCCCUGGACACAGCAAGAGGCCUAGGAAAUAAACAGUAUGAAGACUAUGGGAUGGAUGUUCUAACUGUCGCUUUCCUAGCAAUUCUAGUCACAGCACCAAUAGGAGCUCUCGUUAUAGGUCUAACUGGACCCAAAAUGCUUGAGCGAUCUGAAAAUGGAACCGUUACAGAGGAAGGUUCUGUAUAAAAACAUUCCCUGUCCUUCCAUGCUGGCCAUGGCAUACGGACUCAUAUUUUUGUACCUGCAAUGGAGAGGAUUGUUUUUCAACUACAAAUCUAAAAUAUUUUCUGCAUAAAACGUGCAUAUGUUUACAUUGUUAAUGUCUAUGGUAGUAAAAACCAAAGUGUUACAGUAAGAAAACAGAGACAAAAGAAUAGUAGGUAAGUGUUACAGAAGGUUAAAGUAUGAUCCCUCUGCAGUAUUUUAUUCAAUCACAGUGAUGUACAGGAUGGUGGCCUGUCAUGGUCAAUGCAAGGUUUGUCCAGGGCCUAAAUGUAAAAAGAGUGAAAUCCUGAUUUUGUUAUGCCACAUCUUCUAGGGCAUCGAUUUUUCAUCCACCAAAUGCCUGGUUAUAUAUUUCUAAUGUAUUUGUUCAGAAGAUUUAGGUGGUAGCAUUGCAUACCUCCCAAGUGUCCCGUUUUUUGCAGGACAGUGCCGAUUUUGAAAGCUCAACCUGCAGUCCCGGGUUUGUUACAGAAAUGUCCCUACUUUCUCUUUGAUCUCCUGCACUGAACGUGCCAGAAAAACAUACAAAGUUUCUAACUUGUAUGUUAGAACUAUUGUAACUAUUUAGGAUACAAAGGUAUCUUAGGAGACUCACAGCUUAAAGGGCAAAUGACCUUCAUUUAGCAAAACUGUAAUAAGUAGGGAUGCACCGAAUCCAGGA